AGCGGUGGAGCGGCACAUUCAGUUACACAAUUGCGAACGGAAGCAAAAAGGGUCGCGGUGAGAAAGUUGCAACGCGAAAGCAACAGCAGCGAGGACCCAUAGUUUCGCAUAGGAAAUCUAUCCGCAUCAUUCAUUCGUUUAUCUCCCGCGAACGGUGGUGGUUUGCAGUGCUUCCAGUAGCUUUUAAGUGUGUCGUGUAAUUACGUUCCAGCAAAACCAAAACCAAAAAACCAACCAUGAGCAUUUUCGCUUCGGUCGAAUUGGGUCCCCCGGUGGAAGUGUUUGCCCUUAAUAAAGCGUGCCUCGAAGAUCCCAACCCCAACAAGGUUAAUCUUGGCGUAGGAGCGUAUCGUACGAACGAGGGCAAACCCUGGAUUCUGCCGGUGGUGAAGAAAGCGGAAGCUGCAAUUGUUGCCGAUGGAUCGCUGAACCAUGAAUAUUUGCCCGUGCUCGGGAUGGACAACAUAACGAAUGCGGCCAGCUCGUUGCUGCUGGGCGAAGAUAACGAUGCGCUGAAGAGCAAGCGAGCCUUCGGUGUGCAGUGCCUUUCCGGUACCGGUGCGUUGCGUCUUGGGGCUGAAUUUUUGGCACGCAUUCUUAAGCGUACUACCUUCUACUAUUCCGAUCCGACGUGGGAGAACCACCACAAGGUGUUCCUGUAUGCUGGCUUUACGGAACCGAAAACGUACCGAUACUGGCAUCAGGAAACGCGCGCAAUCGAUUUUGCCGGCAUGUUGGAGGAUCUGGGAAAUGCGCCGGAAGGUGCGGUCGUUAUUCUGCACGCGUGUGCCCAUAAUCCGACCGGUAUCGAUCCGACCGAGGACCAGUGGAAGCAGAUUGCGGACGUGUGCGAGAAGCGAAAGCUGUUCCCGUUCUUUGAUUCCGCUUACCAGGGUUUCGCUAGCGGUGACCCGAACAAGGAUGCGUUUGCCGUGCGGUAUUUCGUGAGCCGUGGAUUUGAACUGUUUUGUGCGCAAAGUUUUGCCAAGAACUUUGGCCUUUAUAACGAACGUAUCGGCAAUUUAACGGUGGUACAAAAGGAGGCUACUACUAGUGCCGCUGUCGCUUCGCAGAUUACGCUGCUCGUCCGUGGUAUGUACUCGAAUCCGCCGGCCUUCGGUAGCCGUAUCGUGAGCCGGGUAUUGAACGAUAAGGAGCUACGCAACGAGUGGAUGGAGUGCAUCAAAACGAUGAGCUCGCGUAUCAUCACCAUGCGUAAGGCGCUUUACGAUGAGCUCGUUGCACUGAAAACCCCCGGCACUUGGGAGCACAUUACGAAUCAAAUUGGCAUGUUUUCCUACACCGGACUCAACGAGACACAAGUCCAGAUACUAAUAAAGGAGUUUAGCAUCUACCUGCUGAAAACUGGACGCAUCAGCAUGUGCGGACUAAAUGAAAGCAAUGUGGCAUACGUUGCCCGUGCCAUCCAUGCCGCGGUAACCCGAGAAUAGUACCCGGCACGACUCGGAUGACUGGCAAACGCCUAAACAUCACAUGAACUGACCCAGUUUAAACAGCAAUAUCCCGAAACAACACCUCGACACACUGACCACAUUUUGCACCACACCAGAAGAAGCCUUUAGUUUUGUUUUGCAUUUCAAUUAUUUUGGUACACUAUAGAGACACGGGUUGAAACUUAUAUUGUUAAACCACAAAAACGGAGCGAUUUGUGUAGUAUAGGACCAGUUUGUAGCACUGAUAGAAGAAACCACAAAGACAAGCAAUCACUAUUUUUGAAGAUAAGCGUAGAAAAUGCGUGUAUUUUCGGUACGCAGCGACAACAGUACAAUACAAUUUACACCACACAAUAGCAGCAGCGGCUUGUAUGCCGUGCAAAUAGAAAUCGGGAAACGGUUUUUUUUAUAUACUAAUAACAUAGAUUGUGUUUGUAAUGCGUGGCGCGAUAUUCGGAAACAUUUAUAAAAUGUGCUUAGCGAAAUUUUGUGAGGAAUUGUAAAACCAUUUUCUAUCUCAUGUUAUGUCUUAAGCGCAACGCAUCUACGCUCUGGCCCAAUACAAUGUAUUAAAACGAUUGCAAGCAGGCAGGUUCUAUUAUGUGCUCGCAAUAAAGAAACAAUAAAGCAUAAUAUGCUCUUCAAUUUA